UUUAUAAAAAAUGACGUUUUAGAUAAAUUACUGUUCAAAUUUCUGUCCUUCAUCUUCACCCUUUUACAUUCAUAUACAGUUUUAACGGAUUAAUAUUUUACUGAAACAGUAGUAAAUUAGUUGAAAAAUGAGUUGCCGCCCUACUUGUUGUUCUCCUUGCUCGGUUAUGGUUUGUUAUCCAUUCUGUUAUCCAUGCUGUCAGCCAUGUUGUCAACCAUCGUGCCCACCUAAAGAAGUCCAAGAUCGAAACAAACUGGUGGCACCUCCUACUGAACCCAGACCUCCUAUAAAAUGUAAACGAAUUCAACCUUGCUAUUAUUCGAAACCUACAGAUAUACGAUCUAAGACCAUAAAAUUUGAUGAAAAGAUGCAAAUUACAACCAACUACUGCAAAGAUUAAUUUAAUAAAAUCAAAAAAUGUUGAGAAAAAAAUGUUUUUAAUAAUUGGAUAUAGAACAGGUACUUCUGAUUCAA